CCUCGGGCACCAUGGAUGGCGGAGCACCUCACGCCCGAUCUCUGGGGGAGAGACGCUCAGCCGCCGGGUUGGCAGCAGGAGUUCAAGGUGGAACCGAAGCGAUGAGGGCAGAGCCACUACAAUCACUCAGGGUUUCACACUUGCCAGAGGAUGACUGGCCGUGAGUCUGGAAGCACCAGGGGAUUUCUGCAGUACGAGUAUGAUGGGCAGGAAGAUUUCACUAUCUUUAGCAAUGACACGCUCUCCUGGACAGCUGCAGAUAAUGUAGCUGACGUCACCAGGAGGGUGUGGGAGGCCGAGAAGCAUGAGUUACAAUAUCAGAAGCAUUGGCUAGAAGAAGAGGGUAUUGCCUGGCUAAAGAGAUGCCUGGAGUAUGGGAAAGACACCCUCCGAAGGACAGAAAUUUCCAUGAUCUGGAUGAAAAAUGGGGGAGAAAUGAUCCAAGAAAUGGGUUAUGGAGAGAUUCUCCUCAGCGGGGAUGGGACCUGUCAGAAAUGGGCAUCUGUGGAGCCGGAUCCUCAGAGCGGCGACCUUUCCUCCUGUCACGAGGAGCACUGUGACAUCCAAACGGUCCUGCAGGUCCCUCAGGAGUCAGAAACUAUCCCUCUGGUGAUAAAUGCUGUCUCCGGGUCCCUUGUCCUCACCGUUGCCCUGGCUGGCGUUGGCCCCUGGCCCGGAGAAGACAGCCCCGAGAAGGGGUUUGGUGUGAGGGAGCGUUUGGGACCAGCAGGUUCUGAGCUGAGCCGGCUGGAGCGGAGGGACUGGGUGGAAGGCCGGGCUGGCCUGCAGCCCUGGCAAGCGGAGGCCGGGUCUGAGGCAACAGCUGGGCCGGGCUUCCAGGACCCACAAGCAGCUGUGAAGGCAGCAUCGAGGAACUCCAGGAUCUUCAGCGACACAGAGUGA